AGUGAACAAAUAAACAAACCCGGUCGGCUGUUCAAACACAAGCAUGCCUUAAAAAACGAAAUAUCGGGGGCAACUGAAAGAAAGGGGAACAAAAUGUUGUGUAGCCGUCGCAGAACAAAUUAAUGCAGCGCCACAGUUUGUUGAUAAGCGAGUAGCGCCGUGUGGGUGCGCACCUGAGACACAUAGUUAUAGGAAACCACUUGCCUGGGUCGGAGUUCGUACUCGUGAGGGCCCAGAGCCGAGAGUCAAGAUGAGCAAAGUUCAAAGUGUGGUGAACAAGCUGCACGAACGCAUCGACUAUCUCAUGGAAAAAUGUCCCAACAUGACUGCAGCGCCGUACAAUUACAACUACAUCUUCAAAUACAUCAUCAUUGGUGACAUGGGCGUGGGAAAGUCCUGCCUGCUGCACCAGUUCACUGAAAAGAAAUUCAUGGCAAACUGCCCUCACACGAUCGGCGUAGAGUUUGGCACACGCAUCAUCGAGGUGGACGAUAAGAAAAUCAAGCUUCAGAUCUGGGACACAGCGGGACAGGAAAGAUUCAGAGCCGUCACACGGUCGUAUUAUAGAGGAGCGGCCGGUGCCCUCAUGGUCUAUGACAUCACCAGACGCUCGACGUACAAUCACCUGAGCAGCUGGCUCACCGACACGCGCAAUCUCACCAACCCCAGCACUGUGAUCUUUCUUAUUGGCAACAAGUCGGAUUUGGAAAGCACUCGUGAGGUUACCUACGAGGAGGCCAAGGAGUUUGCCGACGAGAACGGUCUCAUGUUUCUCGAAGCGAGUGCAAUGACUGGCCAGAACGUGGAAGAAGCAUUUCUCGAGACAGCACGAAAGAUCUAUCAGAACAUUCAAGAGGGACGACUCGAUCUGAAUGCCUCCGAGUCCGGGGUGCAGCACCGACCCUCGCAGCCGUCACGAACUUCGCUGAGCAGCGAGGCUACGGGCGCCAAGGAUCAGUGCUCGUGCUAAAUGGAUGCGAUGCACCUUACCUUUACAAACAGCCCUAGAUAUAGAAAUCUAUUUUUAUUUUUUAGCCGACUCGUAAUUUACUGGCCCAAAAGCAAAAACCAAUGUAUGUAGUUAAAUGAUUCGAUUAAGCAUAAAAGUGUGUGAGCGAGCAACAGCAAAAACAAAAACCAAAAUAUAAAAAGCCCUCCCCGAUAAUAAGAAAAACUCUAAACCACUUUAACAUUUCUAUUAACGAGUAAGCAUAAAUAUUAGAAAAUUGAAAACGUUUGUUGGUUAUCGCGAUUAUUUUUUAUGCAUCGUUAAAGGAGCCACCAAAGUCGACUAUGAAAUUUCGAAAAGUUUAUCGCUAUAUUCGCCCCCACUCACUUGACCCAAACUUAACAGUCGGCAGAUCGCGGAUUUUGUUAGUUGUAUCUCUGUAUAUAUAUAUAUACAUGUAUGCAUAUAAAUAUAUACUUAUAUAAUAAUGAAUAUUUGACUCUCCUUUUAUUAAUUAUAAACAUUUUUUGUUGAGUAUUUGUUGUAGACACGUGCAAGAAGGCGAGAAAUCGAUCAAUGUUAUAUGAAUAUAAACGAUGUAUUAAUGGCAUAAUGCAUUAGGAAAUAAAUAAAAACGGUAUUUAUAAAGCC